AUGCACUCACAAUACUUUCUCGCUACUCUCACCCUUGCGCUGCCAGUCCUCGCGAGUACCUCCUCCGCAUACACCAAACUUGGCUGCUACUCUGAAGUCCCAGAUCUAAAGGGCGACUCCACCAACGCCUACCAGGCCUACGGGCAAUGUCUGAACCAGUGCUCCACGGAUAACUACAAGAUUGCCGUCCUGAGUAAGGGCAACCACUGCUCCUGCAGCAACGCCGUACCCCCAUCCUCGGCCAAGGUCAGUGAUGACAAGUGCAACAACGUUUGUCCCGGGUAUCCCAUGGACUAUUGUGGCGGCGACGGCACAUACAUGGUCCUCAGCACUGGCGAAUCUGCCGCCGUCUCGGAGUCUGAUGGCGGUGCGGCGGCGACGCCAACUGCUGCAACCGCUGCUGGUGGUAUCGUCGUUGCGGCGACGAAUGCCAAUCUCACUGCUACCACUGUCCCAACGAGUAUUCUGACUGCACCGGGCACUAUGAUUUCCAAGGCUGGUGUUAGCGGUGCAGCCUCUAGCUCGGCGACUGCCACGGCUGCUAGCUCCAGUGCAUCGGCAUCGCCUACCAACAAUGCUGCUGUCUCUUUGCGUGGUGGGUCGUCUAUCGCUGGAGUACUGGUUGCCGGUUUGGGUUUGCUCCUGUAA